CGACCUUGUUGCGAUUUCCUCAUCAUCUAUCACUAUGCCAUCAAAAUCUCCUGCUCAGGUUCUCCUCGAGAAGGCAGACAAGAAAGCCAACUCAUCCUCUGGUUGGUUCUCUUCGAGCACGACCAAGUUCGAAGAAGCCGGUGAUCUUUAUCAACAAGCGGCUAACUCGUUCAAAUUGGAGAAGUUGUUCAGGGAAGCAGGAGACGCUUUUGCAAGGGAAGCCGAGUGUCGUGAGAACUGCAAGGAGACCAAUGAGGCUGCUAAUGCUUGGUGGAAUGCUGCGAAGGCUUAUAAGCGAGGUUAUCCUGACCUCGCAAUCCAGGCAUUGGGUCAAACCAUAACACAUCUCACCAAGAGUGGCCGCUUCCGUCAAGCAGCAGAUAGAGAGAAAGAAAUUGGUCAAAUUUACCUGCAGGAACACAACGAUCUUCGCAAAGCUUGCGAAAGCUAUGUUCGCGCAGGAGAUUGGUAUGCGCAAGAAGACGCUGCUUCGACUGCGAAUGCUUGCUACAAGGACGCCGCCGAUCUCCAUGCCGAUCUCGAAGAGUACCCUCAGGCGAUAGCCCGAUAUGAGAUUGUGGCCGACCAUUCAUUAUCUUCGGCGUUGACCAAGUACAGCGUCAAGGAAUACUGGUUACGUGCUGGGCUAUGUGCCCUAGCCAUGAACGAUCCUGUGAUCGCGAAGCGGAACUUGCAGAAGUAUUCUAAUCAGGAUGCUACAUUUCCUUCCACCCGGGAAGCCAAAUUCCUUGCCGCCCUGCUUCAGGCUUACGAAGGGGGUGACGUGGAAGCAUUCACAGGCGCAGUAUUCGACUUCGAUCAAGUAACCAAGCUAGAUAACUGGAAGACCAACAUACUUUUGAAGAUUAAGAAGCUUGUCCAAGAUGGAGAAAUCGGAUUAGCUUAGGAUUGGCUGUAGAAAUUGAGCUGUAUUUAUAGUAUGGAUGCAAGUUAGAUCGGUGGUAUCGUUGUACAGAAAGUCAAC